UCCGCCACCGAGGGGGGAGCGCGGCCGCGAUCCCAAACCGAACCCGAGAAUUGGCGUGUGACUCAUCUGCGUCGGCACCUCCAGUCCCCAAACUGCCUUCCAGGAGUUUUCUGGGCCCGAGCCGCCCGAUGUUGGAGCCGAUUGUUGUCCGGGGAAGAGGAUGGAUUGAGCCCUGCCGACCGGGGGCUUUUUGUGAUCUGGGCGCUGCCGGCUUUUAAAGGAGGUGAUGGGGCUUGCGCUCGCCGGUCUCCUCGCCCAAGUGGAGAGUUGUUGAUGCCCGCUGGUGAUGCUUAGACAAUGCGCAGUGAGCUUUAGUUUAACGUUUUGGGGGGGAUAGGCUUGGGAAGAGCAGCCCGGAUCCGGAGGAAGCCCUCUUUGUCUCUGCUAGGAGAGACAACCCCGUCUGUCCUCGAUGCCGUCAGCCCUGGCCAUCUUCACUUGCCGCCCGAACUCGCACCCCUUUCAGGAGCGCCAUGUCUACCUGGACGAGCCCAUCAAAAUCGGCCGCUCGGUGGCCCGCUGUCGGCCCGCGCAGAAUAAUGCCACCUUCGACUGCAAAGUGCUGUCAAGGAACCACGCGCUCGUCUGGUUUGAUCACAAGUCGGGCAAGUUUUAUCUCCAAGACACUAAAAGUAGUAAUGGUACCUUUAUAAAUAGCCAGAGAUUGAGUCGAGGCUCUGAAGAAAGUCCACCAUGUGAAAUUCUUUCUGGCGAUAUUAUUCAGUUUGGGGUAGAUGUGACGGAGAACACACGGAAAGUAACCCAUGGGUGUAUUGUUUCCACAAUAAAACUUUUCCUACCAGACGGUAUGGAAGCUCGCCUCCGCUCAGAUGUCAUCCAUGCCCCAUUACCAAGUCCUGUUGACAAAGUUGCUGCUAACACUCCAAGUAUGUACUCUCAGGAACUUUUCCAGCUUUCUCAGUAUCUACAGGAGGCCUUACAUCGGGAACAGAUGUUGGAACAGAAGUUAGCCACGCUACAGCGACUACUGGCCAUCACCCAAGAGGCUUCAGAUACCAGUUGGCAGGCUUUAAUAGAUGAAGAUAGACUCUUAUCAAGGUUAGAAGUUAUGGGAAACCAAUUACAAGCAUGCUCCAAAAAUCAAACAGAAGAUUGUUUACGGAAAGAGCUGAUAGCAUUACAAGAGGAUAAGCAUAACUAUGAGACAACAGCCAAAGAGUCCCUGAGGCGGGUUCUUCAGGAGAAAAUUGAAGUGGUUAGAAAACUUUCAGAAGUUGAGCGAAGUUUGAGUAAUACUGAAGAUGAAUGUACCCACUUGAAAGAAAUGAAUGAACGGACUCAGGAAGAAUUAAGAGAAUUAGCCAAUAAAUACAAUGGAGCAGUUAAUGAGAUUAAAGAUUUGUCUGAUAAGUUAAAGGUAGCAGAGGGGAAACAAGAGGAAAUCCAACAGAAGGGACAAGCUGAGAAAAAAGAAUUACAACUCAAAAUAGAUGAGAUGGAAGGAAAAGAACAGGAGCUCCAAGCCAAGAUAGAAGCUCUUCAGGCUGAUAAUGAUUUCACCAAUGAGAGGCUAGCAGCUUUACAAGUACGGUUAGAGCAUCUUCAGGAGAAAACUCUUAAAGAAUACAGCAGCUUAGGGAUACAAGUCGAUGACUUCUUACCUAAAAUAAAUGGGAGCACAGAAAAAGAGCACUUGCUUUCAAAGAGUGGCGGGGACUGCACUUUUAUUCAUCAGUUCAUAGAGUGCCAGAAGAAGCUGAUCGUCGAGGGGCAUCUAACCAAAGUGGUUGGAGAUACAAAGCUCUCAAAAGAAAACCAGGCAAGAGCUAAGGAAUCAGAUUUAUCAGAUACCCUGAGUCCAAGCAAGGAAAAAAGCAGUGACGACACUACCGACGCCCAAAUGGAUGAUCAAGACCUAAAUGAACCCAUUGCUAAAGUGUCCCUAUUAAAAGAUGAAUUGCAAGGUGCACAGUCAGAAAUUGAAACAAAACAAGAAAUUCAGCAUCUCCGCAAGGAAUUGAUUGAAGCCCAGGAGCUAGCUAGAGCAAGUAAACAAAAAUGCUUUGAACUUCAAGCUCUUUUGGAAGAAGAAAGAAAAGCCUUUCGAAAUCAAGUUGAAGAAUCCACUAAACAAAUACAUGUUCUUCAAGCCCAACUGCAGAGGUUGCAUAUUGAUAUUGAGAAUCUCCGGGAGGAGAAAGACAAAGAAAUCACAAGCACUCGAGAUGAACUACUUAGUGCCCGAGAUGAAAUUCUGCUUCUUCAUCAAGCAGCAGAAAAAGCUGCCUCUGAGCGGGACACUGAUAUUGCUUCCUUGCAAGAAGAGCUUCAGAAGGUCCGAGCUGAGCUUGAGCGGUGGCGGAAAGCUGCUCAUGAAUACGAGAAAGAAAUUGUGAGUCUGCAGAACAGUUUUCAGCUUCGAUGUCAGCAGUGUGAGGACCAGCAGAAAGAGGAAGCAACAAAGUUGCAAGGUGAACUGGAGAAGUUGCGAAAGGAAUGGAAGGUACUGGAAACGGAAUGCCGUUCACUAAAAAAAGAAAAUGUUUUGCUCUCAUCAGAACUGCAGCGGCAAGAAAAAGAGUUGCACAAUUCUCAGAAGCAGAGUUUAGAGCUUACCAGUGAUCUCAGCAUCCUUCAGAUGACUAGAAAAGAGCUUGAGAAUCAAGUGGGAUCCUUGAAAGAACAGCAUCUUCGGGAUGCAGCUGAUUUAAAAACUCUUCUCAAUAAGGCUGAAAACCAAGCAAAGGAUGUACAGAAAGAGUAUGAAAAGACACAGACUGUACUCUCAGAACUGAAGUUGAAGUAUGAAAUGACUGAGCAGGAAAAGCAAUCAAUCACAGAUGAGCUCAAACAGUGUAAAGACAACCUGAAGCUGCUCCGAGAGAAAGGAAAUAAUAAACCCUGGCCCUGGAUGCCCAUGUUGGCGGCCCUGGUGGCGGUGACAGCCAUCGUGCUGUACGUGCCAGGUCUGGCCAGAGCUUCUCCGUGAGAGCGUUUCUUGAGUCCGUACACCGUCCUCCCUCUAGAAGCUGGCAUCACACUCAUGCUGGGGAUGAAACAGAACCAUUUUCUUCCUUUUUACCUCUUAAAACAGAUGUGCAAGAAUGCAACUGUAGGAUCAUUGCUUUAAAUUAUAUAAAAUGUAUCUGUCUAUAAAGAGGAUAUAAAAUUGUGACUUUAUCUUCUGUAAGCAAUAAUUUGCUUGCAAUUUUUCAUGUAAUUUUUAAAUUAGUAUGUUGAGAUUCUAAAUAUUAUGGUGGCCUAAAGUAGGCUUCUUGGUACACCAAAUUAUUUAUAACAUUAAAUUUAUGGGUAUUUUACUCUAUAUUCUGACGGUCAGACAGUUCGUUUUUCUGAUUCGAUAACUACCCAAAACCAAACAACCAAUGCGUACCUGGGAGAGAGGCCCUGUGUGCUCAGUGCCUAUCAGUUUGAAAUAUAUACACAUAUAUAUAUAUAUUUUUUACAUAGCGUCAUUUUUACUUAUUAUAAAACCACUGAGCUAUUGGGAACAAGACUUAGAGACAAUUAUUUGUGUGGACUUUUUUUUUUUUAAGGAAAAAUGCGUUUGGGAAAUACUCUGUUCUACUGAUAAUUUGAGGAAUAUGUACACGCUUGUUCAGCCUUAAUGUGACUUGAAGACGUGGAGGACAUCAGCUUUGAAGAACUUUCCGUGAGAGUUGUGUAUUUUCUUGAACAAACGCAAGUGUUUCUGGGAGCAAAACAUAGUAAUCACACAAUUUCAGUGCAGUAAACCAAACUGUUGAGUCGAUUGGAAUGUCAUUCAUUAAACCUCAUCUAUUUAAAGAAAUAUUUUCUUUAAACGCCAAGUUACUUUCUCACAUACAGCAUUGUAGGAAGCAUGCCUUUAUUUUAAUUUCUUUUCCUCUCAUCUGUUCCUCCAAGCAUGUUCAAAUUGAAGAAAGACUCAAUCUCUCUUUAGAAAAGCUUUUAUUGACUUAAUUUGGUUAUGAUGUGAUGGAGCUAAUUAAUGUUCAAAAUUAACUGUUGAUACCUACCUAUCUACCUACUACCUGCCAACAGAUGUCCUCCUUGUGUAUGCAAAUGGUGAUUUCCUUCUUUUUGCUGUUCACCAGGUCGGUCUGUUAGUGGGAAGCACUGUCCCCAUGAUUGGUUUUGUUGUGUGCACAGUGUAGCACCCAGACACACUGCCUGAAACUAUAAACUUUUCAAUCACAGAAGUGGGAAUUUUGCUAUGGUUUUGUGCAGCACCACGGUUACGUCAAUAAAGUUCAUUUAGGUCAUAGAAUAGCCUCACGGUUCCCACAGUGCAAUCUGACAGUCAGUGAAGAUGAGAGGAAUGUUCUAACUUGAAUGUUCUGUGGUAACCCACAGGUAGAGCCAAAUACUGAAAUAGGAGUGUAGGCUAUAAUUUACCUUGUGAUGUUUGACAGUCAUUGUUUAGAUGCUAAAGUUUUAUUUUCAGCUGUUUGGAUUUGCUGUUGGGAAGAUCACUAGGUUUGUGGAGGAAUUAGUCACAAAUGGCUUGUAGAAAAUACUGUCAUCUAGUCCAUUUCAUCAUUUUCUGUUGCAGGAAGCCACUCCACCACAGAAUGCUAAUAUGCCAGUGGUACCCAGUACCUCUUGUAUAUAGGUUAUUGCAAAUAUUGUUCUGAAAUGCUUAACUUCAGAAUUACAUUUUUUAAAGUAAAUAAUUGUUUUAAAUCUAUUUUGUAAAGAUAUAAAGUACAAUAGAAUUUCUGGAGUACAGAUUAAACUAUUUGCACUAACACACGUGAUGUGCAUGAUUUAAUAAAAUAACUUUACUCUCCCUA